UAAAAUCGCGUAAAACUGAUAGACCUUUCCCUACACGGAAACACGAAAGGGGCACCAAAUUGAUCUGAUCCAUUCAAUUUAACGAGUCGGUCUCUGAUUUCUCUCCUUUCCUUGGCGGCGACGGCGCCGGCGUCAAAACCAAUAAGGACUCCACCCGCCCGGCCCGCCGGCUCCACCACCGUCCGGGCCGCCGCCGGCGAAACCCUAAGCCAGCCAUCCGAUCAACAGCCCAUCGGACCCGCGUAGGCAAUGGGAGAGUGCGCGCCUGCGGCGGCGGGGGCGGCGCCGACGACGGCGAAGACGUCGGUGUGGUGGGACAUCGACAAGUGCGCGGUGCCCCGCGGCCGCUGCGACCCGCAUCGCAUCGCCCACAACCUCAUCGCCGCGCUCGCCGCCGCGGGGUACGCGGGCCCCGUCUCGAUCGCCGCCUACGGUGACGCCGCCCGUGUCCCCCCGCCCGUCCUGGCAGCGCUCUCCGCCACCGGCAUCUGCCUUAACCACGUCCCCGCCGGGAGCAAAGACACAAGUGAGAAGAGGAUGCUUGUUGACAUGUUGUUCUGGGCAUUCGACAAUCCUCCACCAGGAAAUUACCUGCUUAUCUCAGGCGAUCAGGAUCUCUCCGAUCUCCUUCACAGGCUUAGGAUGAAGCGUUAUGAUAUCCUGCUAGUACGACCUCCCAAUGCAUCAUCUCAAGCGCUUGCGGCUGCAGCUAAGAAGAUUUGGCUCUGGGAAAACCUUACAGCAGGAGAGCUGCUGCUACCAGAGCCGGCGCCUGCAAGAAGCGUGUUAGGUUGCAAGCUGAACGUGAAUAGUUCGGAUACAUUGAAGUGCUCGCAAAGUAAGGUUUGUUCCAAAUAUGGUAAAGGUGAUAGUAAUGGAAAUGCAGGUAACCAAAAUAGAGUGAAACCUCUUCAAAAGUAUGUAAAGAAGGCAAGUAGUUCAUCUACUCCUGCAAUUACUCAAGAUCGAGUAGCGCCAGCUGGUGGAGUUUCUGAAAGUUAUAUAGGAAGCACAUCGAGUGAGAUAGACCAUUUUUCUGCUUCAUCAUUAUCAUCAUCAAGUUCUGACACACCGGAAUGUGCAAAGGUGGCUACCUCAGUUCCACUGGCUACUUUGUCCAAGUUGUCAUCUCAGAAAUCUGUGUUCUCUACUCAUUCGCAGCAAGUGGAAGCAACACACAGGUCCGUCCCUGGUGAGAAACCUAGCACAUCGUCCGAGCGAGUGCCAAGAAAUGCAACUCUUGAUCUUGUUGCUAGUAAUGGUCAUUAUAAUGAAACAUCUCAGCAUUUAAGAUAUUCCGAAGCGCAGAAUAAGCUUCAUUCUGAGUUUACAACAGGUGGUAAUAAGGGAAAGGCAGUCAAUCGACCUGGGGUGAAGCCACUUCAGAAGUAUGUAAAGAAGACAAAUGCCACAUUUGGCUCUGCAAACAAGCAAGUUGGUUCAGUUGGAGUUCAUGAACGUCCUAUAGGAAAUAGUACAAUUGGGCUAGUCCAAGCUUCUAAUUCAUCAUUGUCAACUUCUACUCUGCCCCAUUCAUCAGCUCAAAAACCUGUAGCUUCUGCUCAUUCGCAUCAAGUGAAAGCACCACAUGAGUCCAUCCUUGGUAAGAAGCCUAGCUCAUCAGUUGAGCAAGUGAAAGCACCACAUGAGUACAUCUUUGGUAAGCCUAGCACAUCAGUUGAGCAAGUGAGACUACCACAUGAGUCCAUCCAUGCUAAGAAGCCUAGCUCAUCAGCUGAGCAUGCGUCAAGAAACAGAAUUCAUGAUUUUGAUGUUGGUACUGCCAAUUAUCAUCCAGAAUAUCAGCAAUCCCAAUCUUCUGAAGCACAGAAUAAGCUCCCCUGUUAUUCUAAUAUGGGUGAUAGUACUGGAAAGUUAGGAAAUGAACACAAGCUCAAUGUUUCAUCAGCUUCGGCAAGCAAUGAAAUAAAUCCAUCUAAUGGACUUCUUGAUAAUUCUAAAGGAAGCCUUUUGAGCUAUCCAAGUCAAUCUUUGUCAGCAAUAUCAAGCUCUAAGUCACUUGAGAGCGCAAAGGUGAAUGACUCAAGUCCGCUGUUAUUAGCUCAUAGAUCUUUAAUGACUGAACAUUUGGAUCAAGAUGGAGCAGCAUCCGCUUUUGGUAACAAAACUAGCACAUCAUUUCAGUGCACAGCCAAAAAUGAAACUUUUGUUUUUGGUGUUAGUAGUGGCCAGUACCAUCCAACAUACCAGCAAGCCCAGUCUUCUCUGCUAUCGGAGCAACAUAAUUCAGGUACUCAUCCUCAUAUUGUGUCACAUAGAGGCAGCUCUGCUCCGCGAUCAGUAGCACAUAAUGGGGUUCCUUCUGCACAAAUACAAACAUGGUCCAGUGGCUCAAAUUUUGAUGGUUUGGAUUAUAUUUGCAAUGGUUUUAGUAGACUGAAUAUUUUUGAAUGCCCUAGAGGAACUGCUGAGACCAGGCCACCUUUCCAAGGUGCACCUACCAAUGAUCCUUCUAUGGGAAUGCCAGAUAUUUCUGGACAUAGUACAGGUUUUCACGAGAGCAUAUCAUCUUUUCACUUUGGUUCUAACACCAGCAGCUAUCUGAAUCACUCUAGUGAUCCUCAUAGUAGCCAUUCUCCAUGCAGCGAUACUUGCAGAGGUGGGCACCAACCUAGUCUAUCCAGUGACAUGCAAAGUUAUGGACAUUCUGGAGAUAAGCCAGGAUAUCCGCCAAAUUCUCCUAAGAAUGAAGGUACUAUAGGAAUAAUAUUACAUGCUUUGGGCAUACUGAAGACUGAAAAGAUAUUCCCGACAGAAUCAAAUAUUGCAGACUGCAUAUGUUAUGGAGAUAUUAAUUUAACAAGUUUUGAUGUUAAGAAGGCUCUUGAACUGGCUAUUCGACAUGAAGCUGUCGUUAUGAAGAAGUUACUACACGAUAUGCCACUAUUUGUUGCAAAAGAUGAGAGCCUCUGGAAAUGUGUGAAUGUAACAAAUAGCAAAGCAAAGAAUCCCAUAGAGGAGCUAGAGAUGGUUCAUAAGUACAUAUCAACCAGUGGUGGUUAUUCAGGAAUAAAGAACUCUCAGUCAAGGUACCAAGCUGCAAUGAUCUUGAAGAGAUCGUGCUUGCAGCACUGUGCCCUCAGCAAUAUUCUCCAGAUUCUCCAUAUCAUAAUUGUUAGGAAGAAGUGGAUUGUGCCCCAUUCUUCAGGGUGGCAGCCACUGUCCAUAAACACAACAGCAGAUAUCGCAACUACUGAUGCUACAGGAAAAGUGAAGUCUUGAUUCUUUUCCUAUGCUCAUGUUGGAUGGAUAUUUUGAUGUGCUGGUGAGUGGCAGGUAGAAAAUGUCUUUGAGAUCCACAUUCAUCUAGAGGUUUUUGGGAUGUUGCAUUAUGAUCUUUGUUCUACCCAUCAUAUUCCACCAGAGAGGUUUGGAGCUGGACCAAUAUGUCAGUGUUAAGUAUAGCUUGUGUGCCAAAGAGAGCUGUGAAUAGCCUACUGGAGCUGGACCAAUAUGUCAGUGUUAAGUGAAGCUUGUGUGCCAAAGAGAGCUGUGAAUAGCCUGCUGGUUCUGCCCCAAAUAAUACGGAGCAACCUCGGGUACCAUGUUCUAUUUAGUUUGACAUUUUGUAAUGGCAGAUGAGGAAGAUAUAGGAAUACAAAAGGGCUUUUGAUGUGUCUCCUCAGUGGCACUGGCACAAUUGUGCCUGAGGGUAAAUUUUGAACUUGAAAAGCUGUGCUUCUAACUAAGUUGGCUG